UUUCUUCAUCAUUUGUCCUUCUUCUUGUUUGAUUUGAUUUCUUUUUGAAGAGCAAGAAUUUUAUUAUCUAAGAUCUCUUGUUGAUGCGCUUAGAUGAGUGUGGUGGGAUUCGAUGUUGGAAACGACAACUGUCAAUUCCACAAUGAAAACGGCGAUGGAAGUGGCACUAGAAUGGGAGAGAACCAGCAAAUUUGUGAUGCAUACCAAGAGGAGCCUGUAGAUGGUCAUUCCAUUGAUGUUGAGGCCAGUCUUGAUCUUAUGGGGACAAUGGAACAAGACCUUCAAAAGGAGAUAGGAAAUGCUGAUUUAGUCAUGAUUGAUGACCAAGAGAAGGAUCAUGAGAAAGAAACUGAGAUGGGAACCAAGGAAAAAGAUGGUGAUGAGGAGGCUAAAUCUGAGAAGCCUAAGAAGAAGAAAAAGAUCAAAGAAAGGCAAGACUCCAGCUAAAGUAGAUGCUCUAGUUGCUAACAACGUUGUACUUUGGUUAUUUUAAUUUCAAAGUAAAUAUAUGAUAUUAUUGAUAACCAUUUUUACUUACAGAUCUAUAUGUUUUACAUGCAAAGAUAUUCAAUGAUUUGGAAAAUAAAACAUGUAUUAGUAU